AUGUACGGCUGUGAGGUGGGCCCAGAGGGGCGCAGAGGAGGGUAUAUCCAGCACAGCUACAACGGGAGGGACUUCCUCAGCCUCUACAAGGAGACCCUCACCUGGACGGCAGCCCAGCCGGAGGCCCAAGUGACCAAGAGGUCGUGGGAUAGAGACAGGGCUUUUACCCAGCACUGGAAGGCCUCCCUGGAGGAGGAAUGCAUUGAGUGGCUGGAGGGUUACCUGCACUACGGGAAGGAGGUUCUGCAGAGGACAGCCUCCAACAUAGCACCCAUUAUUGGGUGUGUUCUGGGGGCCAUCCUGCUGGGAGCAGCUGCAAUUGCUGGGAUCAUGUUGUACAGAAAAUGGCAGUCAGGAUUCAAAGAAGCGCCAACAAGUGGCCAAGGGUCUGACAACCAAGGGUCUGACAAUUCCAGCAAGGGGAGCAACCUGGCCAUCUAG